GCAAAAAACGGUGGCGUCACUGCGCGAGAUUUGUUUGGCUCUUCCCUGAGCACUCAGAUUUACUGUGUUCACGUAGAGAGACCAAACAAGCCCAUUCCCAACCUCCAACAGAUCCGUUGUGCCCUUGUAUUCUGGGCUUUGAGCUUCUUUCUUUCUCUCUCGUUCUAUUGCUCUCCCUCUCUUCUGCAAAUCUAAAAUUCGCCACCAUGAUUUCCGCCAAGAAGAUCAAGUCCGUCGACUUUUACAGGAAAAUUCCAAGAGAUUUGACAGAAGCAUCAUUAUCAGGUGCAGGAUUAUCCAUAGUAGCCGCUCUGUCCAUGAUGUUUUUAUUUGGAAUGGAAUUGAAUAAUUACUUGACUGUCAGUACAUCUACAGCUGUGAUUGUCGACAAAAGUUCUGAUGGAGACUUCUUACGCAUUGAUUUUAAUAUCAGUUUUCCUGCCCUUUCAUGUGAAUUUGCAUCAGUAGACGUGAGUGAUAUCUUGGGAACAAACAGGUUGAAUAUAACAAAAACAAUUCGCAAGUUCUCUAUAGAUCCCCAUUUAAGACCCACUGGUGCUGAGUUUCACUCAGGAACAAUUUCACAUCACAUUAAGCAUGGGGAUGAAGUUGAUGAAGAACCUGUUGAAGGCUCUGUUCCACUAACAGCUCAGAGUUUUGAUACAUAUACUCAUGUGUAUCCAAUUUUGGUUGUCAAUUUCUACGCUCCUUGGUGCUACUGGAGCAAUCGCCUGAAACCGGCAUGGGAAAAGGCAGCUAAAGCUAUAAGGGAAAGAUAUGAUCCAGAGUUGGAUGGACGGAUUCUUUUGGGAAAGGUAGAUUGCACUGAACAACCUGACUUGUGUAGGAGGAACCACAUACAAGGGUAUCCAUCUAUUCGUAUUUUUCGGAAAGGAAGUGAUGUUAGGGAUAACCAUGGACACCAUGACCAUGAAUCUUAUUAUGGAGAUCGAGAUGUAGAUAGCUUGAUUAAGACAAUGGAAGCUUUGGCUGCACCUAUUCCAUUGGAGUCUCAGAAGCUAGCUUUGGAGGGUAAGUCUGAAAAUACGACAGAGAAUAUGAAAAGGCCAGCACCAUCAGCAGGAGGAUGCAGAAUUGAAGGGCACGUGCGUGUGAAAAAGGUUCCCGGAAACCUUAUCAUCUCAGCUCAUUCUGGAGCCCAUUCCUUUGAUACUACUCAAAUGAAUAUGUCACAUGUCGUAAACCAUCUUUCAUUUGGUCGGAAGAUAGCGCCUAGGGUGAUGAGUGAUGUGAAGCGCCUUAUACCUUAUCUUGGUGGAAGCCAUGACAGGUUGAACGGGCGAUCAUUUAUUAAUCAUCGCGAUUUAGGUGCAAAUGUUACUAUAGAGCAUUAUCUUCAAGUAGUCAAAACAGAGGUGAUGAUAAGGGGAUCCCAUAAAUUAAUUGAGGAGUACGAGUACACAGCCCACAGCAGCUUGGCGCAGAGCGUAUACAUACCCGUUGCAAAAUUCCAUUUUGAGCUUUCUCCAAUGCAGGUUUUAGUAACUGAGAAUCCAAAGUCCUUUUCACAUUUUAUCACCAAUGUCUGUGCGAUCAUCGGUGGUGUUUUCACGGUUGCCGGAAUCUUGGAUUCCAUUCUGUACAACACCAUUAAAAUGAUGAAGAAGGUAGAAUUAGGAAAAAAUUUUUGAUAGAUAGGUCAAAUUUUUAUGCCUUUAAGAAAUUCUGAUUUAUCCCAGACUCCCACUUACUAGUGAGGACCAAUUGCAAAUUAUUCCUUUAUAUGCAGUGAAGCAUGAAAGCUGUUAGUUAUUGUAGUUGCUAUAACAUGAAAUGAUUUGGAAAAAGGAAUCUGAGCUUUAUGGUUGCUUGAAA